AUGAGUAAAAUAUAUAGAGAACCUACUGUUUACUAUCAAUGGGAAUGGGAAGAAGUUAAGGGUGUGUUUUUUUCUUCAAGAUGGACCCCUUAUAGAAGAGCAGAAAAUAAAUUACUUGAAGAACAUUAUCAAGAAUUUCUUGAUGAAAUAUAUAUUGGAACUGUAAGUUUGUCUAAUGUUCAACAAAAAAAACAAUUAACGGUUGGUGACUAUGAAAUUGAUUUUAAAAAUUUAAAACAAGUUAAUAAACAAACUGGUACUACAAGAAGUAUCCGAAGAGUUAGAGUUGAAAUUGAAUGGGAUAAUAUUCAGUGGUGCUAUAGUGGUAAGCCUUGUAGUAGUCAUAUAUCAAAAAUACUCGAAGAUAACUACAUUAAAUAUGUUGCUGGUGGAGAUGAAGUUAUUGAACUGACUUUAGGAAAAAAACAUCAAAAAUAUUCAAUAGAUUAUGUUACAUUUGUCCAAAAAAAUCUUACAACUAAUACGUAUCGAAAAUUAUCAAGAGUUGUAUUACCAAAUAUAACUAAUUGA